AUGCUGAGAUCCGUGUUGCUAUUCUCAACGCUUGUUGCUCUAAUAGCAACGGAGUGCGACUCUGAAGACAGCUGGGAUGCGAGCCAGCUCAUGCAGCACUCCGUCCUUUCCAGCAAGGUUUCCUCAAGGAAGGCUUUUGAGCAAGCCGUGAAGGAGAGGUCGGCAGGUGACCCGGGCUCUAUACCUUUGACUGCGGCAAAGAUGGGCUUGGAUGCAGCCUUGGGGAUGCUCACGCAACAGGUGAAGGCUGUAAACCAAGCAACCACAGCGACAGGCAGCCAGCUCAAUGGCCUCAUGAGCGCCGCCCCAGCGGAUGAGGCGAAAGCGGUUCUCCAACUAAUUUCCAGUCCCCUGCACAAGCUCUUCGAGGAUAUGGACAAGGAGCUUGAACAAGGCGGCAUGCAGACGCAGACCGUCCUUGACAUGACAGGCCUUUAUGAUUCCAAAAGAGCCUAUGAAACUGCCAUGCAUGAGGCCAGGGCAGACUUGAAGACCGUGUGGGACUCUUGCACUAAGCUCACGAAGCUGUCUGGAGAGCAGCUGAAACAGAAACUUGACCAAUGCUUGGGCGAUAGCGGCGACUUCAAGCAGACGUACCCGGACAUUAUGCACGAGUUCUUAGGCACUCUGAGUGCUGACCUCCAGGACAACGUCAAAGACAAGCCCGAGCUGCAAGAGCUGCAGAACUACAUAAAUGCCAAAGUGCCCAAAGUAAUGCAGCAGGUUGGCGAAAUGUGCUCAGAGGUGCAAAGAGUAUUAGCGGAGACAGUGAGUGGCUUGUCCAAGUUUAGUGUUCACACUUGA